AUGACGAAGUUGCUGUCACCUGGGGAGCAGAAAAUCGGAAGGCAUGCAGCAGUGAGCCUCUUGGUGUUUGGCACAAUGGACAUUCCUAUCAGAAUACUGAAGCCGGGACCUCAGUCUUUUGUUUUCACUCCGAGGGUCAGCAUGAAAUGCAUCAGCAUACGGCUGGGCACUAAACAGCGGAACGAACAGCCGAGAGGAGGAAGCCGCCUCGGGCAGCCUCUUCAUCCUCCUCGCCGAGCCCAGCAGCAUCGCACACCCGAGUAUACGACCCGAGUAUGCGACCUCCCACACCCUGCCCUUCUCCCGGCCUCGCAGCCGCCGUACGAGUGCCGACCCCGACCCCCGUCAGCCCCAACCGGAGGCGGCCGCUAUCACGGUCGCCGCCCAGGCUGUCGGGAGGCGGUGCCGUCAGAACGGCAGCCCCGCCGGGGCCGCGCCCUCCUUCCCAGCCGGCCCUCGUAAGCCCUCGGGGAUUUAACCCCCGGGGCGGCGCCGCGCGGGGAGCCAAGCUCCGAUCCGAGCGGCGCGAUGCGGCCGCGGGGAGGGUUCGGCCCCGGCCCGGUGUGGGCGCAGCGCGUUCGGCAGCUGGAGCAGAGAGCGCGAGCCCAAGAAGAAAGAAUAAUUGCCCUGGAAACUGAAAAUGCUGCCCUUCAUCUAAAACUUGCAGCGUACCAAGGGUGGGCUGGAAGAAGUGUUGAUGAGAUAUUACAGCUCUACUCCGCUCAUGGCCAGCAGCAGAAAUUGCAGAGUUCUGUUGCAACUCACCUACAUGAAGCAAUAAAGAGGCUUAAGCAAGACAUGAAGAGCCUCCAUUCAUUUGCUCUCGAGCUUUCAAAAGACUUUCAGCGUCAAUACAAGGCUUGUCUUUACCAAGUUUUGACAGCAGUCCAAGGGAUACAGCUGCAAAAUGAAGCAAUGCAAAUGUUUCAGAUGAAGGCUUUUGAUCUUGAGCAGUCCCUGCAAGAGGUGACAGAGAGAUACGAGAGAGAAAAGCAGAAGAGGAGAGCUCUACAUAACAGCUUAGUUGAGCUGAGAGGAAAUAUCAGAGUCCAUUGCAGGAUCCGACCAUCACUGCCUUUUGAUCAUGCUGCUGGACAUUCAGUAUCACAAGAUAGGCACAGAAGCUCUCUAGAAAAUGUGGCAUAUGCCAUUGAUGAUGAAACUGUCCUUGUAAAGUGUAGCCGUCCUGGUCAUGCACCAAUAAACAAGACUUUUCAGUUUGAAAGGGUUUACAAUGCUACUGAGUCUCAAGACACGGUGUUUGCAGAUGUGGCCCCUUUGCUAACAUCUCUCCUGGAUGGGUAUAAUGUAUGUAUUAUGGCUUAUGGGCAGACUGGAAGUGGGAAAACAUACACAAUGUUGGGACCACAGUUAGAAGAGAACCUUACAUUUGUCGAUGAAGAUGAAUCAGAGCUUGGAAUUAUUCCUCGUGCUACCCAGGAACUGUUCAGACUUAUUUCAGAAAAGCCACCAGGAAGUUACUGGGUUGAGGUUUCUGUUGUAGAAGUGUAUAAUAAUGAAGUUUUUGAUCUUCUGGCCAAAGACAGUUGUGGAAAAGUAUUUGGUAUCAAGCGUGAUGUUGUAACAACCAGAGAAGGAAAGAGUGAUGUUCCAUUGCUUACAUAUGAGACUGUUGCAAAUGCAUCUGAAUUUUUGCACCUAGUUAUCAAAGGCCUACAGCUAAGAGUCAGGCACCCAACACUGGUGCAUGCUCAUUCCUCUCGUUCCCAUCUGGUGGUUACAUUGACCAUAACCACAAUUGUCUCUGGAGAUAAUUUUGGUACUUCAUGGGAAGAUGAACAAAUCAAUCAAAGACUGAAUAAAGAGGCUUCCUGCACCUAUCCACAAAAAAGAGACAGUAAAUCUACCUCUUCUUCCAGAGCCUCUUCACCAGCACAACUUGAAGCAGCUGAGAAACUGAAGCAAGUCAAAACUAGGCUGCAGCUGGUAGAUCUGGCUGGCAGUGAAUGUGUAGGUAUGUCUGGAGUGACAGGUGCAGCACUGAGAGAAACAUCCUUUAUCAACCGCAGCUUGUCUGCCCUAGCAGAUGUCCUCGGAGCAAUAGCAGAACAGCGAUCUCAUGUACCGUAUCGAAACAGCAAACUUACGCAUCUCCUCCAGGAUUCUGUAGGAGGUGAUGCUAAACUGCUGGUGAUGCUGUGCAUCUCUCCCAGUCAGAAGUACUUAACAGAAUCAAUGCAGUCUUUGGGAUUUGGAACUCGUGCUCGGCAAGUUCAGAGAGGACAAAUCAAGAAAAGAAAUCUCCCUGUGUUGAGUAAAACAAAAUAAAACUUAAGACUCCUGUGGAUUAAAGUAUUAUUAAUGAGUUCCUCAGACUGAAAUGUAUAUUGUUAUCCUAAAGCUAUUCUUUUAGAUAUCAACUGCCAGAUAAAAUAAGCAAUCCUCAACAUAGCAUUAGUAAGCCAUAAACCUGCUGAUAACGUUCUUGCUCCAAAGAUAAUAGCAAGUAUUGACAACAGCUACCAACUGCAGUGGAAUCACAUAGAAAUAAAUUAGGCUUUUUAAGAAAAGCUACUUCAGGGCAUAGUUUUGGUGUUGCAUUUCCUUUAGACAAGUAGAACUAAGUCAACAGACCCCACCAUUUAAGAUGGCUCAUUUCUGAAAGGCCAAAACUGCCCUCUGUUUUCUCAGUAGAAGACAGGAAUCUGAAUAGCAUUCUAGUGCUUCAAAGCAGCAAAUGAAAUACUUCCUCGCAGCUUAGAUUAAAAUGAGACACAUCAUCAGGGCUUGAUAUAACAUCUAACUUGGAUGGGGCAUACCUGUCAACAGGUGGAAUGUAAAGGAAUCCAUCAGCUAUAUUGAACACAGUGCUGCUGUCAGAUUGUAGGUAAUGAAAUAAUGGCACUAGUGAGAUGGAGAAAAAGGAUUAAGGCUCCAGCUGGUAUCCCUCUGGAACGUAGCUUAGGAAGCAAAUGAGGGGUUACACAGCUCUUUGAAAACACACUUAUGUUAAAUGGUUGGAGAAAAUACCAGCUCUGUUGAGUUCACUGAUGGGUACAAAAUAAAAGCAAAAUAAUGUUUAAAAAAAACCCCACAACUCUACUGCUGAAAGACCCUGAACUACAGAUCUUAAUGGCUCAUAAGAAUUUACUGGUACAACCAUUUUAGUAGCACCCUUGCUUGUUGUUUCAUUUUCAUUUCUGAACUUAACCACAUCACAACACUGAAGUUGUUUGCACAUUAUAAACACUUCCCAUCCAUCAAAUGAAUAAACCACCAAGAACUCAGUGUGUGAUAACUGCCAUCCUCAAGAGGCUUUUACAUUCAUUCACCAAUACUGAAACAACAGGGUUUGUGAAUGAAUUUAUACUAACAGAAGUUUCAAGGAAAUUUAAGCAAGAUGAGAAGUGGUUCUGAGACGAGAGCUGGGUUCACCAUAACAUCUGAUGUGUUUUACACACUGCUUUGUUGCUCAGUAGAGGUCUCAGGAUUCACUCUGAAUUUUUACCUCCAGCAAGGACUCUGCCUCUAGACUGAGAGAGGUCAGUGGAAGGUCACCACCAGAAGGCUUGAAUUGCAGUGGCCUGCCCAAAAGGCUGAAGUUUAUAGUACUCCUAGUCACUUAACCUUCAUAAGCACAAAUAUUUACCCAGAGAUUAUAUAGCAUACUAUUAUCGGAAUUUCACCCUUGAAUAUAUAACAGCUGCUGCUGUGUUGCAUGCAGUAUUCUAAUGCUCACAGCAUUGGCACUGCAGCUUGGAGAGCUGUAACACGUUUUUCUAAAAAUAAAAAUAAAAAUAAAAAAAUCACGAUGGUAAACAUCUCAGCUUUACCCAAUUCCAGCAGUA